CUCAUGAAGAAACUAGCUUGUUUCAUCUAUAAACAUGAAUCGAGCUCCUAACCUCGUGUUCAAAAAACAAGCGAAUUAACCGUAUCGUCCUUGGCCUAACAAAAUAAUAAAGCACUUAACGGUUAUCAGUUUAAUCGUUAACCGUCACUUAGGGGUUAGGUUAGUGGUUAAACCAUACGCGAUAUCAUAUAAAAAAAAAUCACAGCAAUGUUUGCUGAUUUGGGCAAUUUUGUUAGGGCUUCACUCAGCACCAGUACUCCAUUGCUUCUCUGGUUCGCGUAUCUUUGAUUCUUGAAUCUUGUCGGGGUGGAAAUUUUACCAGGACAAUGAAGCUGAAGCAACUAGAAAGCCUCUUAGGCAACCUUCAGCAAUUCUCCAACCCAAAGGUGGAGCUGGAGCAGUACCCUACCGGACCUCACAUCGCUUCCCGCAUGCUCUACAUGGCGGAGAAUUCAUAUGGGGAUGUAACUGAAAAGGUAGUGGCGGAUUUCGGCUGCGGAUGUGGAACAUUAGGCGCUGCAGCUGCUCUAAUGGGCGCAGAACAGGUAUUCGGUAUUGAUGUUGAUUCGGAAUCCCUCGAGAUGGCAACGGCUAAUGCUGAGGAUCUCGAGCUGGACAUAGAAUUUGUACAAUGUGACAUCAGGAACCUAGGAUGGAGAGGUUCUAGUGUCGAUACAGUAGUGAUGAACCCUCCAUUUGGGACACGGAGGAAGGGCGCGGAUAUGGAGUUUCUCUGUGCAGCCUUAAAAAUUGCUUCUGGAGCAGUAUAUUCGUUACACAAAACAUCAACGAGAGACCAUAUUAAAAGGGCAGCCUUGCGUGACUUUGGUGCUAAAACUGCCGAGGUUUUGUGUGAGCUCCGGUUCGAUGUUCCACAACUAUACAAGUUCCAUAAGAAGAAGGAAGUGGAUGUCGCAGUAGACCUUUGGCGGUUCGAGCCAAAAGAUUAAUCCAGGCAAAGGAAUUUGAGUGCCCCUCAAAACAUAUCCUACAUGCGACAAAACGCAUUUGCAGUUGGGAAAUGAUGGUUUGUCUCAAAGUCUCGACAAUAGCAAAUGCAAGUUUUUGUAAUUGCUGGAUUGAUUUUAGCAGCAACUGCUAUCAUUUAUGGAGGAACACCUUUAGCAGAUUCGUAUCAGAAUUGUUGCCUGUAUCAAUAUAGAAGGGGAAAAACAACUAUUGAUGAUGAGAUACAGAAGGAAAAGCUCCCAUGCUUUGAUCACG